AUGACACUCUCAGGAGCUAACAGUGGCAACGACAUGUCUGGUCAGACUGUCCUUGCAAGUGAUGACACUGACAUCGAUGUGGUUGGAGAGGGCGAUGAGGAAUUGGAAAGGGACAGCGACUGUGGCAGCCAGGUAACCUGCGACCGUGCCGAGGAGAUGGAGGCAAUCAGGGCUGAAGAAUUUACAGAUGUCCAGCGCUGCUGCGAUCCCAAAGGAGAGGAGCAAGAAAAGGCAUCUAAAAUAAGUCUGGUGAAGCCACCCUACUCGUACAUAGCUCUUAUCACCAUGUCUAUUCUUCAGAGUCCGCAAAAGAAAUUAACCCUUAGCGGUAUCUGCGAGUUCAUUAGCAACCGUUUUCCAUAUUACCGAGAGAAGUUUCCCGCAUGGCAAAACUCCAUUCGACACAAUCUAUCACUGAACGACUGCUUCGUCAAAAUCCCAAGGGAACCGGGGAAUCCGGGAAAGGGUAACUACUGGACAUUGGAUCCGCAGUCUGAGGACAUGUUUGACAACGGCAGCUUUCUCAGGAGACGGAAAAGAUUCAAGAGACAGCAGCCAGACAUUCUCAGGGACCAGACCGCCCUCAUGAUUCAAAGUUUUGGAGCGUAUGGCAUUGGGAACCAGUACAGUCGUCACUAUGGAAUUCAUCCGUCAUCUUAUUCCCAUCUGACUGCCCUGCAGUACCCUUACAUCCCACCCGUGGGUCCACUGCUGGCCCCGGCGGUACCACUUCUGCCUUCGGCUGAACUGAACAGGACAGUUUUUAAUUCUCAGUUUAGCCAGAGCCUUCAGAUGCAUCUGAACAAUCUGAGCACCGCGUCCACAGUAAAGUCCCAACAGACCGAAACUCCCAACAAACCGUCGUUUAGUAUUGAAAAUAUAAUUGGGGCUAGCGGUACUUCAUCCAACGCAAAAACUUCUCAGCGACCUCCUAUAACUGUCCAGUCUGCCCUACUGACCACACAGCCGCCGGCUGUCACUGCCGUUUCGCCCAUCUUCAGCGUGUCCACAAAUGUAAUUUCCGGGCAGUUCCUGCGCUCAACGCCUCAGACAACUGUAGCGAAAUGGACUUCUUAGUAAAACUGCUUUCUCCAAACUCCCAAAAGGUGAAACAUAUGUAGCACAUUUUCGAACACUGUUCUUCAGUUCUGCAGCCACCCACUGCGUCAAAUGAAAGGAAAAAGCAUUUUUAAUGUUGUGUAAAGGUAAAAUUUGUAGCCCCUAUAUAUUUAUAUGGAGACACUGAUUCACUUGUUUUCCAUUUGAUCAGGAUUGUGAAAUGCUUUUUGUUGUUUCUAAACACUACCAGACGUAGCCCGCAAUUAGGCC